CUUGCAACUGCGUCGGCGUCCAGACACAUUGCGGAUCUUGCUUCUUCCACGUACAUCUCCCCAGAAAACCUCACAAGACUCUCCCGUUCCCCCCUCAUUUUGGUUGCGUUUCCUAUUCACAACUCGCUACACUUGACGCCCUGGUGCGACUACCGCCAUGGUCCGCCUGCGCGAGAUUCCCAGGACGGCCACUUUUGCCUGGUCGCCUGGCCCAACCCAGCCUGUGAUAGCCACAGGAACCAAGGCUGGAGCAGUGGACGCCGAUUUCUCAAACGACACGCAAUUAGAGCUCUGGGAGCUACAGCUGGACGAUGCGGAGCAGGACGUUGAACUCGAGCCUGUUGCUACUGUCGAUGUGGAGUCGAGAUUCAACGACAUUGCCUGGAGCCAGCCCAGCGAGCAGUACCCGCGGGGCAUAAUAGCGGGCGCAUUAGACAGCGGUGCGCUCGUGUUGUGGGAUGCGGAGAAGCUGCAGGCGGGAGCAAGUGACGCCCAGAUCGAGCAGCUUGACAAGCACACAGGUCCCAUCACAGCCAUCCAGUUCAACCCCUUCCGCCCGAACAUCCUCGCCUCCGCAGGCGCAAAGGGCGAGCUCUACAUCCACGAUCUCGAUGACGAGUCAAAGACAUUCCGCCUGGGCAAGGCCGGCGCGAACCCCGACGAGUACACCACGCUGGACUGGAACAAAAAGGUUCCCCACAUCCUAGCAACGGGCAGCAGCGGCGGAUUUGUCACUGUUUGGGAUGUCAGGGCGAAGAAGGAGACUCUCACAUUGAACCAUUUUGGAAGGAAGACUGUGAGCGCUGUAUCCUGGGAUCCAGAAGUGCCCACCAGACUGGUCACCGCUAUCCCGACCGAUCAGAACCCACUCGUGCUGGUAUGGGACCUGCGCAACACCAACGCACCCGAGAAGACGCUCCAAGCGCACGACCAGGGCGUGCUUUCCCUCUCAUGGUGUGUGCAAGAUAGCGACAUUUUGUUGUCUUGCGGCAAGGACAACCGGACGAUUGCUUGGAACCCGCACAGCGGAGAGCAGCUGGGCGAAUUUCCAGUCGUGACAAACUGGACGUUCCAGACACGGUUCAACCCUUCAAACCCCAACUUGCUCGCUACCGCGUCGUUUGACGGAAAGAUCUCGAUACAGACACUGCAAAACACCGGGGCUACAGCAGACCAGGCCAAGGCCGCUUCUCAGGCCCCCGAAGGCGAGGACUUCUUCUCCCAGACGCAUGUCGAGCCCCAGGGUGCCUCCUUCUCGCUCAAGACGCCUCCCAAAUGGCUGAAACGGAGAGCGGGUGUUUCGUUCGGCUUUGGUGGCAAGCUUGUUCGAUUUGGCAUUGCAGAUUCAAAGUCAAAGAUCACCAUCUCGACGUUUGCGGUAGACUCGGAGAUCAGCACAGCCAGCGAGGAAUUCAACAAGGCUUUAGAGAAGGGCGACCUUUCCGCCAUCUGCGAGUCGAAAAUGACAAAGGCGACCACCGAAGAGGAAAAGGCAGACUGGACGGUCAUUGAAACUCUGACUUCAGAUAGCCCACGCAGCAAGCUUGUUGAAUACCUUGGAUUUUCAGACACGAAAGAGGAAGCGCCAGUCGAAGAGAAGAAGGAGGCAGAUACCAACGGAACAGCCGAUGAUGGUGCUUCAUUCUUCGACGAGUCGACUGAUGAGGGCAACUUCCUCUCGGAUCUUGCGGCCUCAAAGGGUGCAAAGACAAACAACCCGUUCCAGGUGUACACCGGCUCCGAGUCGGAAGUCGACACAAAGAUCACCCGUGCUCUCAUGCUCGGAAAUUUCAAUGCGGCACUUGAUGUGUGUCUGAAAGAGGGACGUUUGUCGGAUGCUUUCAUGAUCGCCAUCUGCGGUGGAGAAAAAUGUAUUGCAAAGGCCCAAGCUGCAUACUUCAAGAAGCAAUCAGAUGCACCAAACUAUCUGCGUCUGCUUGCCUCUGUGGUGGGAAAGAACCUCUGGGACGUAGUGUACAAUGCCGAUCUCAAGGACUGGAAGGAAGUCAUGGCCACCAUCUGCACAUUUGCCGAUCAAUCCGAGUUUCCUGACCUCUGUGAAGCCCUCGGUGACCGACUCGAGGAAGCCAUCACAGAGGAGACUGACUCUUAUCGCAAGGACGCCUCAUUCUGUUACUUGGCUGGCUCCAAGUUGGAGAAGGUGGUGGUCAACUGGGCGCAAGAGCUCCAAGAGAGCGAGGCUGCUGGCGUGGAGGAGUCCGAGGAAGACAACAGCUUCUCCAUCCAUGCGCGGUCGCUGCAAGACUUUAUCGAGAAGGUCACCAUCUUCCGAAAGGUCACUGGAUUUAAGGACUCAGAGCAGCAGAAAGAUGCCGACUGGAAACUUGAGCCACUGUACGCGAAGUACGUUGAAUAUGCCGACAUUGCAUCUUCUCAUGGACAGUUGGCCAUUGCGGAGAAAUACCUAGACCUCCUCCCAGAGAAGUACCCAGCGGCAGAUGUAGCUAGGAACCGGGUCAAGCAAGCUACAAGGAAAGCUGCGCCGCAACCUGCUGCUACUCAGAGACAGACGCAACCUGCUGCCGCUCAACGAGGCCAGCGUAUAGUACCCGGCUACACACCUGUUCAAGCACAACAGCCUCCGAUAGGGCAGCAAUCAAACUCACCUUAUGCCGUACCUAACCCUCUCGCAACACAACAAACAGCCUCACCCUACGCUCCUGUCAACCCUCUUUCAGCGCAAGCGCAGGCAGCUGUUCCAGCCCCAGGUCGAAGUGCAUACACACCAGCUGGCUAUCAACAGCAAUCACAACAGUCCGUUCCUCAACCUGGAUACGGCGGUUAUGGACAGCCUCAGCCAUCUUCAAUCGCACCUCCACCACGCAACUUCCAAGAUGGGCCUGCAAUCAUACCAGCAGCCAACCGACCCAACAUUCCUGCUUGGAAUGACACUCCUGACUUUGGUCCGCCCAAGACAGCCUCGCGUCGUGGUACUCCAUUGAACGCUGUGGCAUCUCCAUUCCCCAACCAGCAACAAGGCUAUGGUGUGCCCCCUCAGGGUCCUCCAUCGGCUUUCCAACCAAUGUCAAGAUCGACUCCUCCGCCUCCACCUAAAGGACCUCCCCAAGGGCCCCCACGGAUGACUUCGCCACCACAGAGCGCUACUGGGCCGAGUCCUUAUGCUCCAGCGAACACAUACGCUCCCCCGCAGCCUGUUGGUUUCGCGUCUCCACAACAAGCGCCACUAUCACGUGGAGCUUCCCCAUACCAACCACCAUCUUCCGCCGCUCCACCAUCCAGUCGUUAUGCUCCUGCGCCAGGUUCACAGCCUUCCGCCCCGCCGCAGGGUAUGGGAAUGCCGCCGCCCCGUCAUAUCGCGCCGCCACCAGGUCAGUUCACGCCUGGUGCAUCGCCUUAUGCACUGCCGUCGUCGUUCCAACAAGCGCCUCCCGCAGCAUCAGCAUCAGCAUCAGCGCUGCCGCCUAGAGGUCCGCCUCAAGGCCCGCCACGCGCUGGUCCUCCAAUGGGUGGCCCACCCCAGACUGGACCCCCUAGGCCGGAUUCUCGACCCAGCACCGCGACGUCGCAGGCCGCGCCGGUUGCACAGAAGCAUCCUUCUGGUGAUCGAUCCCACAUUCCCGAUGCCUCUCGCCCCAUCUACGAGAUCCUCAACGCUGAACUCCAGCGUGUGAAGGCCAAGGCACCAGCACAGUACAAGGCGCACAUUGUCGAUACCGAGAAGCGCCUCAACAUCCUCUUUGAUCAUCUGAACAACGAAGACCUGCUGAGGCCGGAUACUAUCCAGCAAAUGAACGAACUGGCAGGCCACAUCCAGUCUAAGCAGCAUGACCAGGCAGGUGCGAUAUUCUCGGAUAUCAUGACUAACAAGACGGAUGAGGGGAGCAACUGGAUGGUUGGUGUCAAGAGGCUGCUUGCUUUCAGCAAAUCCACCGUGUAGGGGAGGAUAGUGCAUUACAAGGGGAUUGAUUGAUGACGUGAGUUCAUAGAACACAUGACUUGGACGUAUUGUAUGUGAUAGAAUCAAAAGAAGUAUACGCUUG